GAAAUGUAGCGCAUGCGCUGUUUUACUAAACGGAAGCGUCAUAAAUAGUUUGUAGUUACCCGAAUGCAACUGUUUCUUUCGUUUUGAAUUUGUGGUGCUGUGUGUCUGCUGUUACAUUAAUGAAGGAUUUUCAGUGUAAGUGUUGAUAGGAGGGUUGUACAGACAUGGUGGGAUAUGAUCCCAAGGCUAAGAGUGAAUCUCCUACUCCAGAGGAGGCAGCCCUGGCUGGUUCAGCUGGAGGGAUGGUUACCAGAGCACUUAUCAGCCCAUUUGAUGUUAUUAAAAUCCGUUUUCAGCUGCAGAUCGAGCGUGUGUCCUCACGAAGACGCGAAGGAAAAUAUUGGGGAAUAAUUCAGGCAUCCCGAAGUAUUUACUCAGAGGAGGGUCUCUCUGCUUUCUGGAAAGGUCACAUUCCAGCGCAGCUUCUCUCUAUGUGCUUUGGGGCCGUCCAGUUUGUCAGUUUUGAGUUUCUGACCAAGAUGGUUCACAAGUCGACGCCAUAUGACAGCCAGACUCCAGGAGCUCAUUUUGUCUGUGGCGGCUUGGCAGCCUGCUCUGCUACGGUGGCCUGCCAGCCUCUGGACACACUGAGGACACGCUUCGCAGCUCAGGGAGAACCCAAGGUUUACAGUAACUUGCGGUAUGCCGUGUCCACAAUGUGGCGCACUGAGGGACCAGUGGCGUUUUACCGCGGCCUGUCUCCUACCCUGGUUGCAGUGUUUCCUUAUGCUGGGCUGCAGUUCUUCUUCUACAAUGUCUUUAAGCAGCUCUUGGCUCCUCCACCUAAAUCCAGAGACUCAGGAGGAAACAUGAGAAGCCUGAUCUGUGGCAGUGGAGCAGGAAUGAUCAGUAAAACCCUCACAUACCCCUUUGAUUUGUUCAAAAAGAGGCUGCAGGUGGGGGGCUUUGAGAAUGCUCGUUCUCACUUCGGACAGGUGCGGACCUACACAGGCCUGAUAGACUGUGCGGUUCAAAUAGUCAAAGAGGAAGGUAUCCGAGGCUGCUUUAAAGGCCUCUCUCCCAGCCUUCUGAAGGCCGCUCUGUCCACAGGCUUCACCUUCUUCUGGUAUGAGUUCUUCCUCGACGUCUUGUGCAACAUCAGGGAGAAACGGGAAGGCCAAAAGGAGAGAUGAUGCAUAAAGAAAAACAACAUAGGAAAGGAGGCAAUCACGCACAUUAUAAACGCACUAAUGCCUUGUUGCACUGAACACGUCACUCAGCUGAGAAACUGAGCAGGUUUAUUUGGGCCUCUAUGGUGUUUACAAAUGUUAAGUGGAUAAAUGACUACAUGAAAUUAUAUGUGGCUGUAUCGUUUUGAAAGCGUUAUAUUUUUGUUGAGGUGUUUGUAUCUUGCUUGAAUCUUGCGCACAACAAUGUCAAUUUUGUUUCAGUGCUAAAUAAUUGAACGAAGCAGCUGAAACCUCUGUAGGUCCACUAAGUCGACUAAUCAAAUCAGGUAAAGUAGGUCAUGAACGUCAUGGUGUCGCGACCAUCACUUUUCCUGAAAAUUCAAUUACUGACCAAAGACUAGGUAGAAAAUUACGUUGUUUUUUUUUUUUGUUUUUUUUCCACACAUGCUGACCAGCGAGUCGUAAUUCUGCAGGGACUUAGCUUGUCCAGAAUGGACAGUAGGAGGAAAUGUGAGUCAAAAAAUGUCUUGAUCCGCCAAAAAGUGAGCACCGUUCAUCAGACUCAGUGACUGGCUGCUACACACAUCAGUGUGAAUCUUCAACCAUUGAUUAGGUUUGAUGGCAUAUAUGAGGCUAGUUAAUCUUCAACAAUUAUCUGGCAUCUCAGAUGUCUCUCAUACCAGGCAACUGCAAAAUGCUGUCUUAUGAAAGCCUAAAAUAUGACUCAGUCCUUAUCAAAUGGGGGCUAAAGGGUGUGUGCAAGGCAUUUUCUGUCUAGUAACCCUCACUUGCCACUUUCAGUGAGUUUCUUCUGAUGCCAGCAAUCAUACACUUUGAUGGGCAUGUUGGCUUUCAGUUCCCAAUAUAUGUUUGAACUUUGCCACCAUCUCCAUCCUGGCUCUCCAAAUGCAUUCAGUGCUUGUUGCAUCAAGUCUUUCUUGAUGGUUUAGGCCUCCUAGAGAGAGCACAAAAUUUAGACUGAAAAAAAUCAUGGUCCUCGAAACAGACCAAGAGGAUAACUGAACCUUUAUCAUCUUCAGUCUCAUCAUAUUUAUGCUCCAUGAAAUUUAGAACGUUAUUGUGGACUAACGAGAAAUUCUCAUUAAUUAGGAGAACGAUUUCUUAACAUAGGAUUUCCUCUCCACCAAAUAAAUGCUGCUGCUCUGCUUGCUUCUCAGACUCUGGUCCUAGUUCUUCUUCUGUCUUUUGUUUUGUAUCGUAUCACUAUGUCACACUUGUUCUGGAUCCUGUCGUCUUGUGGGUGUUUCUGUUCUCUGCUGAAAAUGGAUCAGAGAGACGUCUGCACUUGAAGACGACAGAUUGAAAGUACACAAGAACACAGUUAAAGGGAUUUAUCAAAUGUGUUGGAUUUGUCUUGGCAGAUAAACAUCUUGGUGAAAGUUUAAACUGAACUUUGCACAUUUUCUCCUCUGUUUUACGACUGUUACCUUGUAUAUUCUUGGACAUGUGAUAUUUAUUUUGAUAUUCACUUUAUUUAGUGGGUAAAACCAAAUGGAACCUUAAAGUUUAUAACUUGUUUAAAUGUCUCACUUUGAGUUAAACUUACUGACCAUUUGUUUCGUUAAUGCUUGUGUUUCAUGGGUUUAUAUGGUCUUCUUCAUUUCUUUGUCAAUAAAGUGUACAACCACACUGUUAAGUUA